AAAAAAAGGCAAAAACCCAUUUCUGCUAUCAGAAGCUGAGUGAUCUGUUAAUCUCUUUUGUUCGAAUUUUUCAGAUAGAUAAGUGAACGUUCCUUUUUCAAUUUCCAAGCUUUUGGAUCAUUUCAGUGCGAGCUUGAUUUCUUUUUUCUUUUGGCCUAAGAGUUUUAAGGUUGAUUUCUACUCUGUUGGCUUUUCCUUCAACUCAAAAAGAGAAAAAAAAAAAAAAUUCAGUUGAGUUUUGUUUGAUUAUACCUUUCUGUCCUUGUAACUUCAAAAAAAAAAAAAAAAGAGCUACAGUUCAAUAUUUUCUUGCUCUUUAGUUUCCACUUUGUUUGUCAUUUUCAUCUAAAAAAACAAAAAAAAAAAAAAAUAGAGAAAAAAAAUCCAAUCUUCAAAUUUCUUUUCUUUGUUUUCAAUGAUCCGUCAUGAAUAAAUCCUUUCAGAUCUAGAAGGCACCAAGUAAGUGAAGCAGAUCGGAUCUGAAAAGGUUUGGAUUUAUUUCUCAAGCAAAUUUUCUCUUGAAAGCUUCGGAUAUAUUACUUCUAUCUGGAAGUGGUUGGCAGAGUGCUGAAGAAACGGCAUUUGGUUCUGAUACUUUGAUUUGUGUUCACCUUGCUUUGCUACGUACUUAGAAAGGGUUGCUUGGCAGAAAACUGAAGAAAAAGCAGUUGCUUUUCGCACUUUGGACUAUCUUCACCUUACUUGAAGUUUCUUCAACUUGAGCUUGUCAAGAAUGGAUUGUGGGUUUUGCGAGUCAGCUCUUUCUGACUGUGUGGGAAAACUGCUCGUGGAUUGGGUGGCGAAGCCAGUAGGACGUCAAUUUAAUUACAUUUGUUGUUUCCGCAACAAUGUUGAAAUGCUCAAGGAAAGAAAAGACGAACUGAUAAGCGCUCGAGCUCGGCUGCAACAUGAGAUUGAGGAUGCUGACAGGCGACUUCUAGCAAUUGAAGAUCCUGUUGGAGGCUUGGUAUCAAAGGUGGACGAAAUCCUAUCAAAUAUGGAAACAUUGGAAAAUGAAAUAAAACAAAAUAAGAGAUUUUUCAAUUGGUGUCCUGAUUGGAUUUGGCGGUAUCGCUUAAGUAAGAAAGUAACGAGGAACACUCUUGUUAUUUGUGAGCUUCUAAAGAAGACCACCAAAUUUGGUCAACCUGGACGAGUGGGCUACCGUUCACCUGGUACAAUUUCCACAAUAGAAUUCCACUUAUCCAAGGAUUUUAUGGCCUCUAAAUCUUCAGAAACAGCUUCCAAGCAGAUCAUUGAGGCCCUACAAGAUGACAAUGUCAGCAUGAUUGGAUUGUGGGGGAUGGGAGGGGUGGGCAAGACAACCCUAGUGCAUGAAGUUGGAACUUAUGCCAAAAGACAAAAUCUGUUUGACAAAGUUGCGAUUGCUACUGUGUCUCAAAAGCCAAACUUUGAAACAAUUCAAGAUGCAAUUGCAAAAGACUUGGAUUUCGAUAUGAAGAAUGACCAAGGAAGAAUAUCAAUCCAAGAAUUCUGGUUGAAACUGCGGAAGGAGAAAAGGAUUCUAAUAAUCCUUGAUGAUGUUUGGGCAAAAAUUGACUUAAAGAAGGACAUAGGAAUUCCAUUUUCUGAGGAUCAUGAAGGAAGCAAAAUUCUUUUAACAACACGCCGUCUUCCAAUAUGUGUUGCUAUGGACUGUCAAAAGACAAUAUCACUUGGUUGUUUAGAUGACCAUGAAGCUUGGAAUUUAUUUAAGGCGAAAGCAGGUCUAGAUAACUCUUCUGAUGAAGCUUUUAAACAUGUGGCAUCUCAAGUUAUCAAAAAGUGUGAUGGUUUGCCCAUAGCUAUAGUCACAUUGGGAAGUGCUCUAAAAGGUAAAAAUCAUCAUAGGUGGGAAGCAGCAUAUUGGAGACUCGAAAACCGUAGAUUGGUUGACAUAGAGGACAUGGAUCAAAAAAAUGCUUACCUAGUUCUUGAGGUAAGUUUUGAUUAUUUGAAUGAUACGGAGACCAAGAUGUGUUUCUUGUUGUGCUCUUUAUUUCCUGAAGAUUAUGAGAUUAAUGUAGAGGAGCUGGUGAGAUAUGCAUGGGGAUUAGAGUUGUGUAGAGGUAUGGGCUCAAUUGAAGCAGUGAGGAGAGUAGUGCUUGCGGCAAUGGGCAGCCUCAAGGAUUCUUGUUUGUUGUUAAAUUGUGGAGAAAGGCAUGUUAAAAUGCAUGACAUGGUUCGUGACGUUGCUUUGUGGAUAGCAUCACGCAGAAAGGAGUUUUCUUUUAUGAUAAAAUCUGAGGUUGUUGAAAUGUGGCCAAAGGAUGAAAGUUUUGAGCCUUACGAAGCAGUCUCCUUCAAGACUAGUCGGAUUGUUGAACUUCCUAAAGGACUGGUAUGCCCAAAUCUCAAAAUUCUUUUACUUGGUGGAGAUGGGAACAUGAUAACUUCAAUUGAAUUCUUUGAAGGAAUGAAAGCAUUAAGAGCUUGCACUUUGAAUUCUAGAUUGAUAUCUCCAGAUGCAUUUCAGUUUCAAACAAACCUCAGAACUCUACAUUUGGAAAGUUGCAAACUCUUGGACAUCUCAGUGCUUGGGAAGUUGAAGAAACUUGAGGUUCUUUCAUUUAGUUGGUCUGAUAUCAAAGAAUUACAAGAAGAUAUAGGUGAUUUGGAUAAUCUUAAAUUGUUGGAUUUAUCAUAUUGUGAACAACUACAGAGAAUCCCUCCUCAGUUAAUGCGAAGAUUGUCCCAAUUAGAAGAAUUAUACUUGCAUGGUUGUCCAUUAUUAGAAUGGGCCACUGAGAACACAGUUCAAGAAGAUAGCUUUGCCAGUCUAUCAGAGUUGAAUUCCUUGUCAAACUUGAUUAUAUUAUCUUUAGAGGUUUGUUCUGAAGAUAUUCCAAGAGACUUUGUGUUCUGUAAAUUACAAAGGUUUUAUGUAUGUGUUGGCUUUGGCUUUUCUGAUUUUCAUCAAAGGAAGAUGGACUCGGAGAUCUGCCCAUUCUCGAGAUCUUUAAAUAUUGAGUGGUCUGUAAUAGAGGCAUGCAAGCAGUUAUUUGGGGAUACAGAAUCUCUUAAUCUGAAAAAUGUGGUGGGUUGCCAAAAUCUUGUUCCAAGCUUGGAGUGGGGCCAAGCGGUAUUCGGUAAGCUGACUUAUCUGGGUCUUGAGAGUUGCGAGCAUAUGAAAUGUCUCAUUGAUACUAGAAAGCAGCAGGUGCUAACCAAUGUAUUCCCUAAUUUGUUAGAAUUAUCUUUAACGAAUAUGCGUGGUUUGGAAGAGCUGUGCAGUGGUCAUCAACCGCAAGGGUUUUUGCUCAAAUUAAAAACUUUGAUGAUAGAUCAAUGCAGGGACAUGACAUGUGCAAUUCCAACUCCACAAAGUCUUGAAAGGUUGGAGGUUGAAUCUUGUGAUGAGAUGCAAGUGCUAUUUCAGAUUGCUGAAUUGAGGAGCAUACAAGAAGGACCCAGUCAUCAAGUAAGCUUACAAAGUUUGAAGGUUGUAAGAAUACACAACUGCAAUAAAUUGAGAUAUCUCUUCCCAACGUCCGUUGCUAAAAGUCUUGGACAACUGGAAAAACUGAAACUAUCUUCAUGCUUGGAAUUGGAAGAAAUAAUUCCCAAAACGGAAGUGUCAAACAUCAAUCUCCAAAGUCCAAGGAAAGUACAUGUAAGUGGCUGCAAUAACUUGACAUCUCUUUCCUCAUUGUCGCAUGGUCAAAGUUUAGAGAAAUUGACAACACUUACGAUUCGGGAUUGCUCUCGAUUGGAAUAUACUUUUCCAAUCUCAAUGGCUGAAGGUCUUCCACAGCUGAAUAAGGUUACAUUGGAAGGUUUGCCUGAAUUUAAAGGAAGGGAUGGAAAUGACGUUCUACUCACGCUGCCAUCUUUACAAGAGUUGGAAAUGAGAGAGUGUAUACAAUUUAUCAUUUCGGCUGAAAUACAGAUUGCUGAAUUGAGGAGCAUACAACAAGGACCCAGUCAUCAUGUAAGCUUACAAAGUUUGAAGGUUGUAAGAAUACACAACUGCAAUAAAUUGAGAUAUCUCUUCCCAACGUCUGUUGCUGAAAGUCUUGGACAACUGGAAACACUGAACAUAUCCUCAUGCUUGGAAUUGGAAGAAAUAAUUCCCAAAACGGAAGUGUCAAACAUCAAUCUCCAAAGUCUAAGCGAAGUAUAUGUACGUGGCUGCAAUAGCAUGACAUCUCUUUCCUCACUGUCGCAUGGUCAAAUUUUGGAGAAAUUGACAACAAUUGAGAUUCGGGAUUGCUCUCGAUUGGAAUAUACUUUUCCAAUCUCAAUGGCUGAAGAUCUUCCACAGCUGCAUAAGGUUACAUUGUGUGGUUUGCCUGCAUUUAAAGGAAGGGAUGGAAAUGACAUUGUACUCACACUGCCAUCUUUACAAGCGUUGGAAAUGAGAGAGUGUCCACAAUUUAUCAUUUCGGCUAAAAUACAGAUUGCUGAAUUGAGGAGCAUACAAGAAGGACCCAGUCAUCAUGUAAGCUUACAAAGUUUGAAGGUUGUAACAAUAGUCAACUGCAAUAAAUUGAGAUAUCUCUUCCCAACGUCUGUUGCUAAAAGUCUUGGACAACUGGAAACACUAAACAUAACCGACUGCUUGGAAUUGGAAGAAAUAAUUCCCAAAACGGAAGUGUCAAACAUCAAUCUCCAAAGUCUAUGGGCAGUAUUUGUAAGUGGCUGCAGUAACUUGACAUCUCUUUCCUCAUUGUCGCAUGGUCAAAGUUUGGAGAGUUUGACUACACUUGAGAUUAGGGAUUGCUCUCGAUUGGAAUAUACUUUUCCAAUCUCAAUGGCUGAAGGUCUUCCGCAGCUGAAUGAGGUUACAUUGGAAAGAUUGCCUGAAUUGAAAGGAAGGGAUGGAAAUGACAUUGUACUCACGCUGCCAUCUUUACAAGAGUUGUGUAUGGAAGAUUGUCCACAAUUGACUCCUUGUAUCAUUUCGGCUAAAAUACAGAUUGCUGAAUUGAGGAGCAUACAACAAGGACCCCGUCAUCAUGUAAGCUUACAAAGUUUGAAGGUUGUAACAAUACAGAACUGCAAUAAAUUGAGAUAUCUCUUCCCAACGUCUGUUGCUGAAAUUCUUGGACAACUGGAAACACUGAACAUAUACGACUGCUCGGAGUUGGAAGAAAUAAUUCCCAAAACAGAAGUGUCAAACAUCAAUCUCCAAAGUCUAAGGGAAGUAUUUGUAAGUGGCUGCAAUAACUUGACAUCUCUUUCCUCAUUGUCGCAUGGUCAAAGUUUGGAGAGUUUGACUACACUUGAGAUUAGGGAUUGCUCUCGAUUGGAAUAUACUUUUCCAAUCUCAAUGGCUGAAGGUCUUCCGCAGCUUAAUAAGGUUACAUUGAAAAGAUUGCCUGAAUUUAAAGGAAGGGAUGGAAAUGAUAUUGUACUGACGCUGCCAUCUUUACAAGAGUUGAAAAUGAAAGAGUGUCCACAAUUUAUCAUUUUGGCUAAAAUACAGAUUGCUGAAUUGAGGAGCAUACAACAAGGACCCCGUCAUCAUGUAAGCUUACAAAGUUUGAAGGUUGUAACAAUACAGAACUGCAAUAAAUUGAGAUAUCUCUUCCCAACGUCUGUUGCUGAAAUUCUUGGACAACUGGAAACACUGAACAUAUACGACUGCUCGGAGUUGGAAGAAAUAAUUCCCAAAACAGAAGUGUCAAACAUCAAUCUCCAAAGUCUAAGGGAAGUAUUUGUAAGUGGCUGCAAUAACUUGACAUCUCUUUCCUCAUUGUCGCAUGGUCAAAGUUUGGAGAGUUUGACUACACUUGAGAUUAGGGAUUGCUCUCGAUUGGAAUAUACUUUUCCAAUCUCAAUGGCUGAAGGUCUUCCGCAGCUUAAUAAGGUUACAUUGAAAAGAUUGCCUGAAUUUAAAGGAAGGGAUGGAAAUGAUAUUGUACUGACGCUGCCAUCUUUACAAGAGUUGAAAAUGAAAGAGUGUCCACAAUUUAUCAUUUUGGCUAAAAUACAG